AUGGUGCCUUGCACUCCUGCGAAGCGCAAGCGCUCUUCUUCUCCUUUUUCCUCUCAGAAGGUUCCUGAUGGUGGCCAGCAACAGCUGACAGAUGUGGUCCUUCAUCCUGGAGAGCAACAGCAAGGAGAUGGCGUCCUUCAUCCUGGAGAGCAACAGCAAGGAGAUGGUGUAGAAUCUCUUGGGGCCCUUGCGAAUGCCUUGCGUGAGCAGAACCUUGAGGUUUUCAAGAAGCUAGAUCACCUGACAGCGUUGAAUCGCGUUCAGAAGAGGAAGGUUGUCAUGAAGAAGGGGGAGCUUCCGUGUGAGCGCGCUCUCUGUCUUCUGUGUGGUGCCAAAAAGCAUCAUGUCAAAUGGAUGUGCAAGGAUGGCCAUUGUACAGGUGGCACCUGCUAUGCCUGCUUCAGAGCUUCCAUUGUUUUGGAUGUUUCUCGGUCUCCAACUCUGAUAACAGAAAGUGGAGCUUCGGGGGUGGAGCUUCGGGGGUCUUUACGACCAUGA